AUGGCCCCCCCUGGAGCAGACAGCAGCACAACCCAGCUGGUCCCAGUGGCACCAGAGGCUGCCCAGCCCCAAGGGGAAACGGUGCCGGCUGCCACCAAGGCGCAGGAUGGAGGGAAGGAUGAGCCCAGGCAGGAGAAGUCUCCGGCUGCUGCUGUGGCUCGAGAUGGGGAACAGGCAGAGCCUGGGAAGGAGAAGGCUGUGGGAGAGGCUGGAGAAAGGAAGGCACAGCCGGUAGGGGAGAUGGCCCUGACCGCUCCAGAGCCCCGGGACGGAGGGAAAGCAGCACCGGCAAAGGAGGAGGCUUCAGCUAUGCAGCAUGAUGGAGGACAGGCAGCAUCCCCAGAGAAGGCGUUGGCUGCUGCUGAGGCCCAGGAUGGAGGGAAGGAUGAGAAGGAUGAGCCUGGGAAGGAGAAGGCAGCGCCCGUGGAGGAGAAGGGUCCAGCUGCAGCAGAGGCUCAGGACAGAGGGAAGGACAAGCCUGGGAAUGAGCAAGCCCCUGGUGGGUUAGAAGCUGUUGGUGGUGAGAAAGCACAGCCCACAGAGGAGAAGGCUCCGGCUACAGCGCAGACUGAAGGAGGGAAAGCAAAUCCCAUGGAGGAGAUAGCCUUGAAUGCAGCACAGGCUCAGGAUGGAGGCAAAGAAGAGCCUGCAAAGGAGAAAACCACUGCAAAGGAGAAGGUCCCAGCUGCUACAAAGGCUCAGGAUGGAGGGAAGAAAGUUGCAAAGGCAGAGAAAACCCCAGCUGAUAAAAAGCCCGCAAAGGAGAAGGCUCCAGCUACUGUGCAGGACGGAGAGAAGAAAGCUGAAAAGGUGGAAAAAAACACAGUUGCGUCAAAGGCUGAGGACGGAGGCAAAGAAGAACCUGCAAAGGAGAAAGCCUCAGCUUCUGUGAAAGCUCAGGAUGAAGGGGAGAAAGCUCUAAAGGUGGAAACCCCCCCAGUUGCAGCAGAGGCUGGGGAUGGGGGCAAGGAACCCGCCGAGGAGGAGCCGACUGCUGUGAAGGCUCAGGGUGAAGGGGAGAAGGCAGCAAAGGAGAUAGUGGAGCAGCAGCAGCCGAGGGGUCCCGAGCCCCCGCGCCCAGCUCUGCUGCAGAGCCUGAGCUGCCCAGCCACCUGCCAAAGGGAGGAGCAGCCCUGGGCGGAGGUGGCAGCGAUGGAGAUGAUACCAGAGGAGACCACGGCGGUGGAGCCAAGAGAGGGUCCAACAGAACCUGUCCCUGCGCCACCAGACCUGGGGGACCUACAGCCCCUGGAGCCACCCAUCCCUGCGAGGAGCCCUGGCACCCCACAGGAGAGGACAUUGCCCAGUGCUGUGGGGCAUCCCCCUGAUCCCGCUGGGGCCACAGAGCAGUCUGGCUCGGGGGGGCAACCACCCUUGGCAGAGGCAGAGCCACCCCCCAGCCCCUACCUCACCCCUGAUUUUGGGAAGGAAGACCCUUUUGAGAUACUGGAUGAUGUCCCUCCGCCACCCGCACCUUUCGCGCACCGUGUCGUCACUCUACGGUCUGCCAGUGUCAGCUCCCAGUACAACCUCAGCUCCAAGGAGAUCCUGGGAGGGGGCAAGUUCGGGGAAGUUCACACAUGUACAGAGAAGCAGACGGGGCUCAAGCUGGCGGCAAAAAUGAUCCGGAAGCAGGGCGCCAAAGACAAGGAGAUGGUGCUGUUGGAGAUCGAUGUGAUGAACCAGCUGAACCACCGCAACCUCAUCCAGCUCUACGAUGCCAUUGAGACACCCCGAGAGAUCAUCCUCUUCAUGGAGUUCGUGGAGGGCGGCGAGCUCUUCGAGCGGAUCAUCGACGAUGACUACCACCUGACGGAGGUGGACUGCAUGGUGUUCGUCCGGCAGAUCUGUGAGGGCAUCCGCUUCAUGCACCACAUGCACGUCCUCCACCUGGACCUCAAGCCUGAGAACAUCCUCUGUGUCGCUGCUACUGGGCACAUGGUGAAGAUCAUCGACUUUGGGCUGGCUCGAAGGUACAACCCACAGGAGAAGCUGAAGGUGAACUUCGGCACCCCCGAAUUCCUCUCUCCCGAGGUGGUCAACUACGAGCAGGUCUCCUACUCCACGGACAUGUGGAGCAUGGGCGUCAUCACCUACAUGCUGCUCAGCGGUCUCUCCCCAUUCUUGGGUGACAACGACACGGAGACGCUCAACAAUGUCCUGGCUGCCAACUGGUACUUUGAUGAGGAGACCUUCGAGAGUGUUUCUGAUGAGGCCAAGGACUUCGUCUCAAACCUCAUCAUCAAGGAGAAGAGUGCCCGGAUGAGUGCUGGCCAGUGCCUGCAGCAUCCCUGGCUCAACAACCUGGCAGAAAAGGCCAAACGUUGCAACCGCCGCCUCAAGUCCCAGGUGCUGCUCAAGAAAUACGUCAUGCGACGGCGCUGGAAGAAAAACUUCAUUGGGGUGUGUGCUGCCAACCGCUUCAAGAAGAUCACCAGCUCGGGAUCGCUGACAGCGCUGGGUGUCUGA